AUGAACAUCGUGGGGUCAUUCCCCAUGGCAAUUGGUCAGCGGAGGAUUCUGCUCGUCGUUGUGGACUACUUCUCAAAAUGGGUGGAGGUCAAGCCGCUAGCAAGAAUAAGUGAGCAGAUGAGCAACGGCCAGGCGGAGGUCACAAACCGAGAGAUCCUCAGAGGCUUACAAACUCGGCUCAACCACGUAAGAGGUAGCUGGGUUGACGAGCUUUCAAGUGUCUUGUGGGUACUUCACACGACUCCAAAGGAGGCGACCGACGUAACCCUAUUCCAGCUGGUGUACAAAAGGGAAGUGGCGGUUCCUGUAAAGAUUGGAGUAGAAUCCGACUGGGUGCAACUCUACGACAAGAGAAAUGGCGAGCAAAGGUUAAUGGAGCUCGACUUGGUGGAUGAAGUGCAGGAUAAAGUGGUUGUUUGGCUAAUGGCUUAUCGAUAG